GCGCCCCGCCAGCUGCGAGUCUUGGCUCCGGGACUUGUCUCGUCGCGUCGGAGAAAUCGCCCCACGGCGCCACUCUCCCGGCCAGGGGUCCGGGUUCGGAGCUCGCGCUGCCGGGAGUCGCCUCAGUCUUCCCCCGGGGCGUUCAAGAGUUAUUUAGGGGAUUUUGUUCUCUGAGAAACUGAGACCCAGGGCGCCCAGUGGGCACCCGUGCCUUGACUCUUACUUUCUGCAGCCUCUGGUCCGAGCUGUCUGGCCUCAGUUUCCCUCCGACUUUUCUCCCCUCUGCCAGCCCUGACUGCUGCCCGUCAUUGUUCUUGCAGUCAGAUGGGGGUGCUUUGUGACGGCUGCCAAGUUGGGGUGUGUUCUCUUUAUCCCGUUGUUCAAACAGAACAAGGCCUCCAAGGCUGACCCCAGACAACCCACUCCCUCGGACCCCACUUCACGUUGUUGCACUGAUUUUUUUUUUUUUUUUUAAUCAAGUAGUGUUUUAUUGUACAGGAGCCACGCCCUGAUUUCUUAAAGGCGCCUGGCACUCUGGCCAUGUGUUAUCUCUGCAGCUGGUGUGUGGGAGGCCUCUUGUGAGCCACCUGUUUUCCCGCCUCCACCACCCCUGUCAAGGAUUUAGGGAUGCCAGGGGGAAAGAAGGUGGUUGGGGGUGGCAGCAGUAGUGCCACUUCAAUAUCCGCUGCGGCCACCGCCCCAUCUGGGGUCAGGCGUUUGGAGACCAGCGAAGGCGCCUCAGCCCAGAGAGAUGAGGAGCCAGAAGAGGAAGGGGAAGAGGACCUGCGAGACGGAGGAGUCCCCUUCUUUGUCAACCGGGGUGGGUUACCUGUGGAUGAGGCCACCUGGGAAAGGAUGUGGAAACACGUGGCCAAGAUCCACCCGGAUGGAGAGAAGGUGGCACAACGGAUCCGUGGGGCCACAGACCUGCCCAAGAUCCCCAUACCGAGUGUGCCUACGUUCCAGCCGUCUACGCCUGUCCCCGAGCGCCUGGAAGCUGUGCAGCGCUACAUCAGGGAGCUGCAGUACAAUCACACAGGGACACAGUUCUUUGAAAUUAAGAAGAGCAGACCUCUGACAGGGCUGAUGGACCUGGCCAAGGAAAUGACCAAAGAGGCCCUGCCAAUCAAAUGCCUGGAAGCCGUGAUCCUGGGAAUUUACCUCACCAACAGCAUGCCCACCCUGGAGCGCUUCCCCAUCAGCUUCAAGACCUACUUCUCAGGGAACUACUUCCGCCACAUCGUGCUGGGGGUGAACUUCGCGGGCCGCUACGGCGCGCUGGGCAUGAGCCGGCGCGAGGACCUGAUGUACAAGCCGCCCGCCUUCCGCACACUCAGCGAGCUCGUGCUGGACUUCGAGGCCGCCUACGGCCGCUGCUGGCACGUGCUCAAGAAGGUGAAGCUGGGCCAGAGCGUGUCACACGACCCGCACAGCGUGGAGCAGAUUGAGUGGAAGCACUCGGUGCUGGACGUGGAACGCCUGGGCCGCGAUGACUUCCGCAAGGAGCUGGAGCGCCACGCCCGCGACAUGCGGCUCAAGAUUGGCAAAGGGACAGGCCCGCCCUCUCCCACUAAGGACCGGAAGAAGGAUGUUUCUUCCCCACAGCGGGGCCAGUCCAGCCCCCACCGCAGGAACAGCCGCAGCGAAAGACGGCCCUCAGGAGACAAGAAGCCUUCCGAGCCCAAAGCCAUGCCAGACCUCAACGGGUACCAGAUCCGCGUCUGAGGCGGGUGCCAGCACUGCAGGCCCCACCCACCCCUGGGGGCCAGGAUCUCUCCUGAAACCAGCCUCACACGUGGGGAAGACGGGGCUGGUGACGAGGCAGGGCAAGAGGCUGCAAGGAAGAGUGUGUUCCAGCUCAGCCCCCCAAGCUGCUCCCACUCCCACUGAGCCAAGCCCCCCAACUUUGGGCUUAGAGGCCGUUAGUAUUUUACUUGGAGUUUUUAACUCUACAACUGAAGUUUAAGGUAUCCGGGGAAAACUUAAUCCAAAUGGAUCUGCUGAUGGUGGGAAGGCCAGGGCUUAGGAGAUCCACAUGCCACGGGGCCAGGUGAGGGGGGUUGCUAGCUCUGCUGGCGCCUCUGCCCCUGGCUUCUCUCUGGGAGUUGAGUACAUCCACUCAAUGGGAAAUUUCCCAGCCCUACCAGGCCCAUGGUGAGGGGUGGGGGUGGGGGUGGGUGGAGAUGUUUCUCCAGUUCUGCCUGCCCUGGCAGAAUCUUGACCCAGGGAAAAGGAAGCAGGGUAGGAGUCCUCCUGAGAAAGAUCUGUGUAGCCCAUAAACCAGUAGCAUGGCACAGGCCACGUCUGCCCCAAGAGCACAAGCUCAUGGCCCAGGAGAGCCUUCAGGCCCUCAAGGCCUGCAUGGGCAGUGCUGUGUGGGCUGAGGAUGGGUGAUAGGUGAGCCUGGGGAAGGAUCCCUGGGCAAAAAGUUCCCACGCUGACUGCGUCUACUUGCUCAGUCCCAGCUCGGCCUGUUUCUCUAGCCCAGAGGCUCCCUGCGGAGGGUCUGGGCUUGGUGGAGGGCCCAGAGUGGCGCUGAGGCCAGCAUGGCUGAGAGUUGAGCAGACCCUGGGUGCCAGUCCAGGAGCUGUGGCUGGGCAUAGGGUGAUGGGGUGGGGUGCGUGGGCCUGGGUCUUUCCCCCGGCAGUGGCAGGAGUCCUUGCUGGGGAAAUCAAGACCAGACUGGGAUGCUUGUGCCCCAGGCUGGCCUUCCAUCCUUUUAGUAGCCCGUCUUGGCUUGGGGGUUGCAAUGAUAGCUGGGCCAGUCGCUUGUGGCAGGGUAUCAGGGCCCUGGCAGGGAAAACAUAGGCACCUAGGGGUGUCCCCAGCCUGCCCAUCAGCAUGAGAGAUAUCUGGUGGGAAGUGAGAGGAUGCAGAGAGGUUGGCAGGGCUGGGGGUAGGUUCUGGAGGCUCAAGCAACAAGGAGGUGCCGGGAAAGGGUGCAGUGCAGCUGCUGAGGAGGGACAGAGCCCAGAACUGGGGGAUGUAAGUGAGAAAGGGAUGUGGGGCAGAGUUUAGGAUCAGGCUGCUCGAGGAGUUGUGGGUUGCCUACAGCGAAGACGAGAUGGCUGUCAGGAGGUAUAGAAAGGAUUUGGGUUGUGGAAGGAUACAUGGAUGAGAUGACCGUUGAGGUUUUGCUGUUUUACUGAGAGGCUGUAAGUCCGCCGGGGCGGGGCUGUCAGUCAGGCUGUGGAAGGACUGGGGGCUACAUAAGGAAGAUCAGAACUUGGGCUGUAAACUCUCAAGGCCACAGGGCCGGCAAACGGUGAGAAGGAAGCUUCAGGGCUGGCUGGGGGCUGUGGCUACCUAAAGAGGGUGCACCCUGUUAAAGGGGCUGCAGCUGCUCAGCUGUUCUUACAGUGCCAGCCCUGUGUUUCCAGAUUGUCUGCUGUGUCAGAGGCCAGAAUUCUGAUUUUUUAUGCGAAAUAGGAUUUUUAAAUGCUGGUGAUCAGUUCAUAAAACCUAAAAACCCAGUACAGGAGAAAGAGGAUGCCAGUUUGCAAUCCCUGAAGUAGAGCGAGCUCAUGCUGGGGAGAAGUCCGCCAAGAGAGAUGGGGUGUAUGAAAGUCCUGUUUCCCAGAGCUGGGCUGGGCCGGGUAGGGGUGGGAUCCUGGCAGCUGAAGAGGAGGAAAAGCCACUGAGGUUCCUCCCAGAGCGGGACAGACCGGAGACCCUUUGCAAUUGCUGGGUCACCAGCGGGGGUGGCAUGAAAUAGAGACAGUGCAGCUCUGGGCCUGCCAGGGAGAUGGAUGUUGUCUUCAAAGCAAAGAAAGAGGAAAGGAGGGCAGAGCCAGGGCUGCCCUUGCUGAUGAGAGUGCCUGUCAGGGAAGGCACCACAGGCUGGCAGCUCGUCAAACCAGCAGCUCUUGACCCAGAGCCAGACUCAGCAGGGCCUGGCCCGAGGCACCCUGGGAGGCCAGCUGGUCAGUCCCUUGCCUCCUCAAGUUUCUCCCGGGGUCAGUGAGCCCUGGGAGGUGCCUAACCUAACUCCAGCCACACUAACCAGAGGGGCAUGCUGACCCCUGACUCGCUGUCCCAUCCCAGCUUCAGGGAGUGGGGAUGGUGUGGUCUCCAUGUGCCCUCUAAGCCUAAAGCGAGAUGGUUCACCUCGGGAGGGGCCAGGCUGGCAUUGGGCCCUCAGCCGCCUCUAGGAACUCCCGACUCCCGGGCAUGACAGGGUUUCAGGGGAGUAGAUAUGAGAGGGAGAAUCCUCGUUCCGGAGUCUUAGAAAGUUCCAACUUGCAGGCUCCUUUCCCAGAUCCCUCCAUGGAGAAGCAAGCGGAAUGAAGCCCUAACCUGCUUACUGUCCUCAAGGGAGGGAGCCGUGCCCCAGCUGAAAAUCUCCUCCCCCCCCCGCCCCCUCACCGCACUCACCCUUCCUGAACGGAGACUUCGGGCCUGUGAAGACCAGCGCAGGACAUAGUGGUGCUUUUUAAUUUAUGUUUAACUGUUUCUCAUAUGUAGCAACCCCUCCUCCCCUCCUGGGCGUGUUUACACAGGCUCUGCUUGGGGGCUGGCCUGGCCUUGAGGUUUCUGGGGAGGCAGAGAGGCAGGGACUUUGAGGCCUUAGUCACCAUCCAUGGUUAUCACCUCAUCUCACUUCCUGCGAGGGACGGGGCCUGGCUGAUGUGACCCCAGCUCCCUCCAGUUCAGGACUGCCUUAGGGCUCCUUUGCCUUUGGAGUUGGGGGCUGCUGGCUGAGGAGGGGUCAAGGUGAGUGCCAAGAAAGCUACCUGGGGAAAAUGGACCCGGGCGGGGGGGUGAUGGCAAAGUCUCCCCAAAGCCUGGCUCCUUGUGCUCAGUGUCAGGAGCAGACCACGGGGGAGCCAGGUGUAGAGAGCCUUCCUGCCCACCUAACUGCCAGCCCUCUCCCUCCACAGCCUCUGCACACCCUCAUGUUCCCCCUAUCCAUCUUGCCAGCCACACCAUCCAUCUUCUGGCAGAGCCAAGUAGGGGAAAGCAGCAGCGCUCUGGCCUUGGGAUGUGAUGAUAAAGCAAGCCUAGGGCCAGAGUUUGGGGAGCAGAGAGAGACAAGAAGUUGGCCAUGUCUGAUUUCCAGCCCUUCCCGCUUGAACUUGUCUUCCCAGGUCAGGGAGUGGGUCUCAUUCCGGCUGGUGGAGUGCCCCGAGGCCUGUGUGGGCGUGUGUGCCUGCUUUACCUGCCUAGACUGUUUUCUGGCUCAGCUGCAGCAAGUCGGCAGGCCCACUGUCUGCCCUGUGUCCCUGGCCUCACUCCCAAGUGCAAGGACAUGCGCGCUGGGCCCAACAUGAUGAUGGUGUGAAGGGCAGGAAACAGUCCUCUGAAGGAGUGGGAGGUGGGCAGUCUGCCCCGGCCAGGCACCAUCACCUCCUGGCAGCUUCCGCAGACCAGGCAGGGCUGCUGUGGUGCCGGCUGCCAAGUCCAUCAGUACUGACCGUCUCGCUCCAUCUUGGUGCUCCGGAGUCCCAAGUUUCCCUUUAUCAUCAAGUCUGACAAGAGAGAAGAAACAUGGGUGUGCCUGGCCCACAGGGCCUGGUGGUGUCGGACCUCCCCGCUCCCUCAAGCUCUGUAUGGCUGCAGUGUUGUACUAGACUUUGUUCUUGCUGUUCUCAUCUCAGUAUUGCCUCACCCUUUCACUUACACUUCGUCUCAUUCCUGUUGUCACUCUCCCUUGAAAUGAAUAAAGUCUCCCCAUCUCCUGCUGUAUGGGUUGGGCAGAAACCACAAC